GUGAAAGCGCGCCAGAAACCACCAUGUUUAGACCUUCGUUGUAUCCUUACGGUUAAGUGUUAAUAUCAAACCGGUAUCAUGUUCCCCUGGAUCAGAAAAUGAAGCCCAACCACAAGCUACGGCAGGCGGUAGACGCACUCUACUCUCGUGGGCCCGCAACCAUUGAAGCAUAUACGCAGCUCGUGCUCACAUGUGUCCGAGCCAACGAUAUCGAGCAAGCGAAGAGACUGCAAUCCCACAUGGACCUUUACUACUUUAGUUCAAAUGAUACAUUCCUUUACAAUCGUCUCCUUCAUCUGUACGCAAAAUCUGGGAAAUUGUUGGAUGCCCAAGAGCUGUUCGAUAAAAUGCCCAAAAGGGAUGUUAUGUCAUGGAACGCUAUGCUUUCAGCGUGCGGGAGACAGAUUCAUGGGCGAAUUAUUGUCAGUAAUUUGGAAGAGAAUGCUUUUGUAUGGAAUGCUCUAACUGAUAUGUAUGCAAAGUGUGGUCUGAUGGAACUAGCAAGAAGUUUGUUUAAUAGAAAUAAGAAUAAGAACGUGGUUUCAUGGAAUUCAAUGAUUUCUGGUUACCUGAAAAAUGAGCAGCCUGAGAAAUGCAUUCAUUUGUUUGACCAAAUGCAGAUUGCAGGUAUAAAACCUGAUGAGGUUACUUUGUCAAACAUUCUUCAAGCUUACUUUAAAAGAGGCUUUAUAGAUGAAGCAAGUAAGGUUUUCAGUACGAUCAAAGAGAAGGACAUGGUUUGUUGGACAACAAUGACAGUGGGUUAUGCAAAGAAUGGAAGGGAAGAGGAUGCUUUGAUGUUGUUUCGCAACAUGCUAUUAGAAGCUGUCAAGCCAGACAGUUUUACCAUCUCUAGUGUUGUUGCUUCCUGUGCCAAAUUAGCCUUUCUGUCUAAUGGUCAGGUUGUCCAUGGGAAAGCUGUUCUUUUCGGAGUUGGCGAUAAUUUGCUUGUAUCCAGUUCCCUUGUUGAUAUGUAUUGCAAAUGUGGAGUUACUAAGGAUGCCUGGGCUGUUUUCAACAUGAUGCCAUCCAGGAAUGUGGUUUCUUGGAAUACCAUGAUUGGAGGCUAUGCACAAAACGGUCAGGAAUUAGAGGCACUUGCUCUUUAUGAGAAAAUGUUGCAGGAAAAAGUGAAACCAGAUAGUAUUACCUUUGUGGCAGUUCUUUCUGCUUGUAGCCAUGGAGGUUUAGUUGAAGAAGGACAGAAAUAUUUUGAUUCUAUCAAUAAAGUACAUGCAGUAACACCUUCUUUAGAUCACUAUGCAUGCAUGAUCAAUCUUCUUGGUCAGUCAGGUGACAUGGAUAAAGCAGUGGAUCUAAUUAAGACUAUGCCCCAAGAACCAGAUGCUUUUAUCUGGUCAACCCUACUCUCAGUUUGUACAAGGAAGGGUGACAUCAAACAUGGUGAGAUGGCAGCUAGGUUUCUCUUUGAUUUGCAGCCACUGAAUGCUGGACCUUACAUCAUGCUUUCCAACAUGUUUGCUGCCUAUCGAACUCAUCCAGAGACAGAAAUUAUAUAUGAACAGUUGAGCAGACUGAUCAAGAAACUGCAGGAAGCUGGAUUUAGUCCCGAGACAAAAUUUGUUCUACAUGACGUGCUCAAAGAGGAAAAGUUAAAAUCAAUUUGUCACCACAGCGAGAAACUUGCACUUGCAUUUGCAUUGGUUAGAAAACCACAUGUAUGUAUGCCUAUAAGGAUAAUGAAGAACAUACGAGUUUGUGGGGACUGCCAUAAGUUUAUGAAGUUCGUGUCUAAAAUCACCAACCGUCCAAUUAUCUUGAGAGAUUCAAACAGAUUCCACCAUUUCAAUGAAGGAAAAUGCUCCUGCAAAGAUUACUGGUAAUGGGAAGACCAAGAUUCUUUGAGAAAAAUGGGACAAUGUGACAAGGAGCCUCUGCAGCCAAGAUCAAGCAUGUAAUACACUGCAAAGAAUUUUUGAAAUGGGAAAGGCGAAUGUUAUUAUUCUGGAUGAGUGCUGUGGUAAGAGGGACUUGAGUUUGCCAAGAUUGCAGAUAAAAAAAAUUCUCUGCAUAGGAGAUGGUUGUUUUUACCGGAGACAGUUGUUGCAUUGCUGUUAAUCAGCCUGGAACAUACUUUCAGCUGGACUGAUUGUAUCACUUUCUGACAGGGAAUCGGAUCAACCCUUCGCCAAUAAUUAUGAUGAGAACAUCCUCUUCACUGACAGAUACCACGAGAGUACUUAUGAGCAAGUUGUUGGCUUUGCUUACUUUUCCUCUCAACGGGUUGGAAACCUUGGAUGCUUUGAUCCAUGGAAAAGGAAGGUUUCAGCUGCUCUAAACUCAUCAAAACGAACUUAGACGUCAGCAUCCGUAUUGGCACAAGUCCAAAAUGCUCUGUUUUUACAUUGACUUUGGCACAAUUGAAAAUGGGAGAUUUGGUACAAAUAAAGACGCAACCUUUAAAAAAAUUUUAAUUAAGGAUAUAACAUUUUUUCUUUAUCAAACAAGGUUACCACCUUUUAAAAGUUUCUAAUUAAAGAUAUGGCAUUUA